AUGGCGGUCCAGUCCAUCUACCCGGCCGUCGAGGUCGUCGCGAGCCGCGUCCGCGGCGCGACCUUCGCGCGGAUCGGCGACCCGGAGGCGCCCUGGCCGCCGCCCUACGUCGUCGCCGCGGACCUCGGCCUGAACCACGCGUGCGUGCUCGGGCCGCCCGUCUUCCUGUGCUGCGACCUGCUCAACACGAUCCCCGUGGCCCUGAGCGUCAACGGCGGCAAGCCCUGCGCCGCGGGCAAGGCCGGGAACGCCGUGAUGCCCCCCGACGGGCCCCUGGGCGCGCUGGCCUGGCUCGCGAACCACCUCCUCGCGCGCGGCGACCACCUCCGCAAGGGCGACCUCGUCAUGUCGGGCGCGACCUGCGGCCUGACCAAGGUCCACCCGGGCGACACGGUCGUCGCGUCCUUCGACACGACGAUCCAGAUGGGCGCCGUCGCCACCGUCGAGCCCCGGUCCCACCACGCGCCGUCGUCCGUCGGCGGCCAGACGUGGACGAAGGUCGCCCACGCGUCGGGGCAGGCCGAGUUCACGCGGAAGUGCCUCGGCGCGGGCGGAUCCGCCGCGGGCGCCGCGGCCGCGCUCGCGAAGCGCCCCGUCUUCCUCGCGGCGCGCCCAGGCCUCGCGGCGCUGCUGCUCGAGGGCGACCUCCGCGUCCUCCGCCUCGAGCACGCCGUCGCAGGCGAGUGCCGC